AUGGAGGCUGUCCUGUCCAUCUCAUGCCCCAGGAGACACUGUUCCUCUCAGGCCCCUUUAAGUAGUAGGAGGGGUGGAUGUAUGUACAUUUGUAUAGAAUGGUGUGUGUAUGUGUGUGGGUUUAAAGGUUCACAUAUGGAUGUUCCUUUGGCAAAACAACUUCAGCAAAAACAUGUUUCAGUUGUAAGUGAUGGCAGUUUUACACCACCGAAAUUGGCAAAUGCUAAAAUCAAGCCUUUUAUUUUUUUCUUUCUCGAGAACCAGUUUACCAACAUACUGCUAAACACUUUGCUAUCAGUUUACAAAUAA